AUGCAAGAUGGUCGAACAGAGGUAACUCAGGAUGAAUAUAGACAUUAUGAUGAUCAUCCUGAUAAUAGUUCCUUAGUUAUCGGAUUGUCAGAAGAUGAAAGUGAAAUUGAAACAAACAUGGGAGCAGAACUAUCUGAAGAGUUAAGCGAUCUUGAUGAAGGUGACGAGAAAGAUAUGGCAUAUUAUGAAAAGGCAGUACAAGAAAUUGUAAAAGGUGACAGCUAUAGUUGUUUGAUCUGUACUGUUGAAUUGGAUUACACUUGUAAGCUUUAUGCGUGUGAAAAGUGUUAUCGUGUGUAUGAUUAUGAAUGCAUAAGAGAAUGGGCUGAAAAAUCUACAUCCAAGAGAACAGAUAAGUUAUGGGCAUGUCCUAACUGUUUCUAUACAAAGAAAGCAAUUCCUAAGAAGAAUAGACCUACAUGCUGGUGUGGAGAACAAGUUAAUCCAGAACCAAAUCCGUUAAAUCCAAAUUCAUGUGGCCAAACAUGUAACGCCAAAAUUUGUAGCCACGGUUGUUCUCAGAUAUGUCAUCUAGGCCCUCAUCAGGAAUGUACUCGGAUGAUGAGUAUAAAAUGUUCAUGUGGGAAAGUAACUAAAGACAUUGUAUGUUUUCAGAGAAGAUUAUACUCAAAAGGGUUUAAUUGUGAAACUGUUUGUGACAAAUUACUGCCUUGUGGAAUCCAUAAAUGUAACAGAAAAUGCCACACAGGUUUGUGCGGCAGUUGUCCCGAAACUAUUAUAUCAAAAAACACUAAUAUGAAGAUAAGAUGCUAUUGUGGUCAAACAAGUAAAGACAAAAUAAAGUGCAAGGACGUCAGAUUUCCUGCCAAUGCUGCAUACUCCAAAGAUGACAAAGGUCAACGAUGGAUAGGAGUGUUUAUGUGCGAUAAGAUAAGAAAAGUUCCAUAUGAAUGUGGCGAGCACUCAUUUUAUGAGAAAUGUAAAGCUCCACCAUCCAUUUCUGGAAGAUUGAUCUGUGAGUUCUCGCCCAAAAAGCUGAAGACAUGCCCAUGCGGUAAGAAUGAAUUAACUGAUCUUUCAAAACCUAGGUCAAAAUGUACAGAUGCUAUACCUACUUGUGGUCAAGUAUGUGGUAAAAUGCUAAAAUGCGGAAAACACAAAUGCCCGUUCGCAUGCCAUUUGGGAGAUUGUAUGGACCCUUGCACUCAGAUUGAGAAAGUAAGAUGCGCUUGUGAACAAAAACAAUUCACAAUUCCGUGUGGUUUCAAUGAUCAUGCGAGAUGUAAUCUCAAAUGUGAAUCUCUAAUGUCUUGUAGAAGACACAGAUGUACUGAGAGGUGUUGUGCAGGGAGACCUUUAGCUGAAAGGAGACGUAAAACUAUGAAGAUCAAUGUUAGAGAUUUAGCCGAUGAAUCAACGAUAGAACCAAUCCACAUCUGUUUAAAAGACUGUAAUCUAACACUUUCAUGUGGAAUACACAAGUGUAAUAGAAAGUGCCACGCAGGAAAAUGCCCUCCUUGCCUUGAAAGUGACUCAAAUGACCUUGUUUGUCCUUGCGGCAAAACAAUUGUGGAGGCACCUGUUAGAUGUGGAACUAAGUUGCCAAAUUGUCCAUAUCCAUGUAUUAGAGUUGUUAGAGGAGAAACAGAUUGUGGCCAUUCGCCUAUGCCGCAUGAAUGCCAUCCUCCUGACAUUCCAUGUCCUGAUUGUACGGCGACUGUCUUUAAACCAUGCAAAUGUGGCAAAGAGCAAAGAGUAAGGACAGUAUGCUUUAUGAAAGACGUUUCAUGUGGUAAAGUAUGUGGUGAGCGCCUACAAACUUGCUACCAUAAAUGUCAAAAGAAAUGUCACGAACCAGGGGCAUGCCAGACUGUUUGUAAGCAGACUUGCAAUAUGCCUAGGCUAUAUUGUAACCACAGAUGUCCUAAACCUUGUCACAAGUUUGAGGAAUGCCCAGAUAUUCCAUGCACAGCAUUGGUCAAAAUUACCUGUCCUUGUGGUCGGAUAGAGAAAGAAGUGACUUGCGGUGUAUAUUCGAAGAAUAAAGAAGCACAGGACUCAACGAGAAUUGUAUGUGAUGAAGAAUGUGCGGUAUUGCAAAGACACAUGCAAUUGAAAGAAGCAUUCGGUAUAGUGGACAAACCGCAAAAUACUCAUAACGAAGAAAUGGCCAGAUUGGAACAGGUUAUUUCCACAGCUUCUACUUUUGCAGAUUUAGAUCUGCCGUUUACGGAACCAGUUAUAACUACAUAUAUUCGACAUGAGAAUUGGUGUACUGAUAUCGAGAACACCCUGAACAAAUUGAUUGAUGACAAUAACAGGACUAGUUUACAUUUCAAACCAAUGAGACCCCCUCAGCGUUAUUUCAUUAGAGAACUUGCUAAGGCAUACAACCUGUAUUCUGAAUCACAGGAUCCGGAACCUAAUAGGUCUGUAUUUGUAAAGAAAAAUUUGGAUGGUAGUAGUACCAAACCUAUACUUUCAAUAUCCGAGGCAGCUCCUUUAUACCAAUCUUAUAAGAAAUUAGAAAAGGAGAAGAAGCAGGCCAACUUUGAGUCCAUGACGACAACUAGAUUAAUUAAUUUCACACCUGAGAUGUCACCUGAGUUAGAAUCUGCUGCCAGAUUCAAUGGUUUUUUGGUUACUAAUGUAGGCGAAUUCACAUCCACAGAUGACUUGCAGAAUUUAUUUGCCCCGUAUCUGAAAUCUACACUCGUGGUGGAACCUCAGUUCCAAAUUCUACCAGAGAGAAAACAAGCAGUUAUCUAUCCAAAUAAAUACAAGGAGAUAUCUAUCAAUGUAGAAAGAGAUAUGGAAACUUUAGUACAGCAUUUUGAUUUUUUGAUAAAGGAGAGCUUACUAGCGGGAGGUGUUGAACUCUGCAACAUAGAGAAUGUAUUAGCGGAAUAA